GGUACGCAGGGUGUAGCUCCGCCACAAACGCUCCCGGGCUUCAGUUGCAGCAUAGCGUUGUGCGAGUCAACGUGAAACUUCCCAUCGUCUUCUCAGCUCACCUAGAUUUCAUAGAAAGCAAAAUGAUGCAAAAUGGCAUGGACGCAGUGCCCCAACAGAACGGCACUAUGCACACAAAUUCGUCAACGUCUUCAUCUUCAAAUUCACACAAUUCCUCUUCGCAAACUAAUACGGGUGGACAACAAGAAGAAAGUAAGACGAAUUUGAUUGUCAAUUAUCUGCCACAGACAAUGACCCAAGAAGAAAUCCGCUCCUUGUUCUCGUCUAUCGGUGAAGUUGAGAGCUGUAAACUCAUCCGUGACAAAGUUACAGGACAAAGUCUGGGAUACGGAUUUGUGAACUACCAUCGACCUGAAGAUGCAGAGAAGGCCAUUAAUACUCUGAAUGGCUUGCGGUUACAGAAUAAGACCAUAAAGGUUUCAUAUGCACGGCCAAGCAGUGAAGCCAUCAAAGGAGCAAACCUGUAUGUCAGUGGGCUGCCAAAAAACAUGACACAGCAGGACUUGGAAAAUCUGUUCAGUCCAUAUGGCAGGAUAAUUACUUCACGAAUUCUUUGUGACAAUAUCACUGAAACCAGCGAAAAAACAAGCAGUUCCGAGCCAGAAUCCAUGGAGCCUACUUCCUUAACGCUCCGCCAAUUUGUCAGUGGAGCCGGAGACAGUUUACCCUGUCUGUCUAAGGGUGUUGGCUUCAUUAGAUUUGACCAACGUAUUGAAGCUGAACGUGCAAUCCAGGAACUUAAUGGCACUGUUCCAAAAGGUUCCACAGAAGCCAUCACAGUGAAAUUUGCAAAUAAUCCAAGCAACAACAACAAAGCAAUCCCUCCUUUAGCAGCUUACUUAGCUCCUCAAGCUCGGCGCUUUGGCGGACCGAUUCACCACCCGACGGGGCGCUUCAGGUACAUUCCACUGUCACCACUCUCCAGCACUGGCAAGACCAUGCUAGCCAUAAACAAAGGCUUACAGAGGUAUUCACCGCUAGCUGGAGAUCUGCUUGCCAAUUCAAUGCUACCAGGAAAUGCUAUGAAUGGCUCAGGAUGGUGCAUCUUCGUGUACAACUUGGCACCGGAAACAGAAGAAAAUGUCCUAUGGCAACUGUUUGGCCCAUUUGGUGCAGUACAGAGUGUUAAAGUUAUUAGAGACCUCCAAACCAACAAGUGCAAAGGUUUUGGCUUUGUAACGAUGACAAAUUAUGAUGAAGCUGUAGUAGCUAUCCAGUCACUAAAUGGAUACACUUUGGGAAAUCGUGUCUUGCAGGUGUCGUUCAAAACAAACAAAAGCAAAACCACAUAAGUGGCUGAAAGAACUUGUACAGCUGCUGUCACAUUGGCUGCUGUAGUGCAUUUUGCGUGACCGUGCUAGUCAUAAGCUGAAGCAGGUGAGAAGGCUGCACUUGUUUAAUAAUGAUCACUCUAUGAAACCAGGAAUUGUGGACCUAAUAAUUGUUGGUGAUUAGUCCAUUUGGUUGCUAGAUUUCCCUUAUCCUCCCUGCUCAUCCUUGUUCCCUUUCCCCAUCAGCCAUUCCAAUCCCUCUGUUCUUCGCAGUUCCAUAGAGUUUUUAGUGUCCUUUCUGAAAUAAUUUUUGGAACAAAUGCAGCUUUCCAGAAGGGUUAACUUUCCAGGUGUAUUAUGGUUUUAUUGCCCAAUAAUAUACUUGACUAUAACUGAUAAAACGCAGCCAACUUUGAGCUAGUCAAGACUAGUGCAAGUCAUGUGUUUCCUAAAGAAAGGUGUAUGAGGAGCAAAGUGGCAUUUUAUAAAAUCCUCCUCAUUCUCCUUGGUGGCAAUUCUAGACAUUUUAUUAUGUAAUUUAUUAAAUAUUUUAAUCAGUAAUGUUACUCAAGCUGUGUGCAAACUGGACAUUCGAUACUUCAGUGUCCAGCAUUGCAAGCCAAAGAAUAUGUUGUAAACUGUAUCUUAAGAUAUAUGAAGCAGCUAUUAAUGCUAUCAUUUUGUAGG